CUCUUUGAAAUAUAUAGGUAUAAUAACGAAAUAAAAGGCCUUUUCUAACAGUUGUUAAUUCUCGCUGGAGUUUACUACCAUAAAAUAGUGUGAAACGGAUAGCAAAUUGGUGAUAAAAUUCCUUGAAAGAAAAUAAAGUGCAGCGUUUUCAGACCAAGAAAGGCCGGAUUAAGAUAUACUGCACCUUUUAAUUGGAACACAAAUAGUAGUGACUACUUAGCUAGCCCGUGUGAUAGUUGGUGAUAGUUUAUAGCAACAACGGCUUGGCGAUAGUUUCAGUGCACGCUGCUGUCUGUCGGUGAUAAAUAAGUGGGCUUUAGAUAACUUGCACAAUCGCCGUGAAGCACCCCACUUGGCAUGCAACUGAUAAAAAGUAAACAAGUCCAACCGUUUAGUGAUAUGGGUGAAACGUGCAACAGCGAGGAAAGAUUAGUGAGUGAGUCUUCGAUUGAAACCCCAAAAAGGUUGUUCUUUCACAGUGGAGCAAGUGGCAACGCGCGUUCAGUCCGAUACCGGUUAGUUAGAACAAGUGAUUUUUUUUAAUAUCAAAUGGACAAACAAAAUGUAGAAUCGUACAGAAUGUAUCGGAAUCUUCCCCAGGACGAGAAUGGAUUGACACCGGCUAUUGAAGUCCCGAUUCUACCGCUGGCUUCGACAGUCGUCAGUUAUUUUACUCCGUAAUGACACCUAAUCUUCCGGCUGGCGUGGUUCCGGAUGGAAGCAUUCAAGUUUUGGCGCUGGAAGCGACGAAACAAAGCGCCGCGGGCAAAAACGAUGAUGUGGAAGACGAUUACGCGGAACGAUUCCCACCGGUCGUGCCGCUCCUACUCGGCAGUAUUCGAAAUGGAUGUUGCAGUAAAAAGUUGUUGAAAAAACGAUUACCCAUCCUUCGGUGGUUGCCCGACUAUUCCAGGCAGUACUUCGUGGAGGACAUCGUGGCCGGGCUAACCGUCGGGUUGACUGUGAUUCCACAGGGAAUAGCCUACGCCGUCGUGGCUAAUCUUGAACCACAAUACGGGUUGUAUUCGGCUUUUAUGGGCUGUUUCGUGUAUUUUUUGUUUGGAACUUGUAAGGACAUUACGAUUGGUCCGACGGCAAUCAUGUCGCUGAUGGUGCAAGUUCAUGUGUCCAACCUGGGACCAGCGUUCGCUAUCCUGUCGGCGUUCUUAGCCGGCUGUAUUGUAUUAGUGCUGGGGCUUUUGAACUUAGGUUUCUUAGUGCAGUUCAUUUCCAUGCCAGUAACGGCUGGCUUUACCUCGGCAGCCGCUAUCACUAUAGCCAGUGGGCAGGUAAAAUCGUUACUGGGACUUCCGGGAAAAUCCAACGAGUUUCUGGAAUCAUGGAUAAACGUUGUUGAAAACAUUCACCUCACCCGACUAUGGGAUUCUAUUCUGGGAAUCGGCACGAUCGUAAUACUCAUGUUGAUGAUGCGGCUCAAAAAUCUCGAGGGUCGUUGGAAAAUAGCUGGCAAGUACCUGUCACUGUCUCGCAAUGCUAUUGUGGUCAUCGGUGGCUCUCUACUGGCAUAUGGUUUAAGUACAGAGGGUGUGGUACCUUUCCUGUUGACCGGUAACGUAACAUCCGGUCUUCCACCAUUUCAACUGCCUCCGUUCUCGACGGUGGUUAACAAUCAAACGUAUACCUUCACGGAUAUGGUCUCCGAGUUGGGUACCUCGGUGCUAGCUCUAUCACUGAUUGCCAUUCUGGAGUGUGUCGCGAUUGCCAAAGCUUUUUCCAAAGGUAAGACAAUAGAUGCCACCCAGGAGAUGAUCGCGGUGGGACUUUGCAACGUAGCCGGUUCGUUUUUCUCAUCGAUGCCAGUGACGGGCUCUUUCACGCGAUCGGCUGUCAACAACAGCAGUGGAGUUAGAACCCCUGCUGGUGGCGUAACAACCGGUAUUGUAGUGCUUUUGGCACUAGGCUUAUUGGCCAAUACUUUCUACUAUAUUCCGAAAGCCACUCUUGCUGCUGUGAUUAUUGCGGCUAUGUUCUUUAUGGUGGAGUUUCAUGCGGCAGCCGAAAUCUGGCGUACGAAAAAGAUCGAUAUCAUUCCGUUCUUCGCGACGCUCAUUGCUUGCCUUUUGAUCGGAUUAGAAUACGGUAUGGUUAUCGGUAUCGGUAUCAAUCUAUGUUUUGUGCUCUACCUAACGUCUCGUCCGAAAAUCGUUCACCGAAUCGAAAGGGUGAACAACUGCGAUCUACUGGUAGUUAGUCCAGAUCAGAGCCUGAUUUAUUCGUCGGCGGAAUAUCUUAAAUAUCGGGUGCUGAAGCUAGCUCAGCAGAAUCCUGUCGAUCUGGUGGUAAUCGAGGGAUCUGCUGUCAGCUUCAUUGACUCUACGGUGGCGAAAAUUCUUGCCGGUAUCAUCGAGGACCUACGGGUUCAGGAAAAGGCGGUCUACUUUUGGAACUGGCAACGUUUGGCUCAGCAUACCGCCUUUCGGUUGGACGCGAAACUUUUUGUACCGCUUUUUAUACGUGGAGAUUCACUGGUCGAGAUUGUCAAGUGCUGGUCACUAAGCAAUGGAGUCGAGGCUUGAUGUGAUUGUUGAAAAGAGCCUGUUGUUAUUCUAGAUUUAUAAGAUUACGUAAGCUACAAUGUACGAGAGAUGCAGAGGAAGACGAAAGUUUUUAUUUAUACAUAUCACCUGAUCACAGAUUUUAUCGUGUGAUUAGUAGAAAUACAUUUCUAUCAGUCAAAUUAUAGAAGCAAAGUUAUUUGGAUGACGGA